AUGUCAAGGCCGCCCCACCCUAACGGCUACACCACCGACAUUACGCAACGCCGACAACGGUCCUUCUGCCGCUCAUCUUCAACUUCUUUCGACGUCUUCUUCGCUAUGGCUCGGACCGCCUAUAUAACCUACAAGACAUCUGCUAAGACCCGAAGGCGGUUAUAUGGUCAUUGUGGGCUGACUGCGACUCACUCAAUAAGCCACGUGGCUCGCGCAACAGAUGAGGGUUACCUCCGCAUAACGUGA